UUGGUAUCGUAAUAGCAACAGAAAAAUUCAGCACACGACCAUAAAUUUGGCAAAAAGAGCUGGAUUCAUCCGUGAAAUUGGUGUCAGAUACAGCAGGUAUACUAGUCGUACGUCAGCAGAUAAUUGUAUUGCAAUUGUUAUCUGUGAUAACGGGUUUCGCUUAUAUAUUCAAGACAAAAGUGACGACGCUGAUCCGGGACCGCCAGGUCUCAGCUGUUAUUUGCCAAUAGACACCAAAGCAACACCAUAACAAGUGCAAUAGUUCAUAAUCUUCGUACGAGUUCUCAAACCGUCGUCCCGGUAUUCGGCGUAGGACAUUGUAAAUUAACGGUUAACUUUUAUCACUUUUUGGCCCCUUUGAUAAAGGUUAUUGCGCUAUAAACAGCGGGUUUCGAGCGAACUUGGAUUUGGGUUUUUGCACGAUUUUAGUCACCUGAGAGUCUUCACUGGGUUGAAUUGAUUGUUUCUUGGCUUGGAGUUGAAAAUGCCCGGUUCCGUUAGUACCCGUAAGGAUCCCACCACCUGGUUGAACAACGAGUUCUUCGAGAAGGUGCUACGUCAGGUGACCAACGAUAAGGGUCUGGUGGUUGAGGACUUCUUCAUCAAUCUGCAUGCCAACGCUGGAGAACACUACGCCAGUACGAUCUACCGAGCGCAGGUCAGCUACCGUUCGCGAGGCAAGGUGGAGCCAAUUGCGCUGGUGAUCAAGCUGAUCACUUCCAAGGUGAAUCAGCUUGCCGAUGACUCGUCGUUCGAGAAUGAGCUGAACCUGUACAAGAAUCUGCUCAACCAGAUGCAGAAUCUGCUGAAAAAGGCAGGGGUUGAAGGUGCGCAGUUGGCUCCCAAAUUUUUGUACGCAUCUACGGAGCCUCAACCGGUGAUCAUCUUGGAAGAUGUUACUUCGAAAAAGUACGAACUUCACAAAGGUUUGAUGAAUUUGGAAAACUCCAAAGCCAUCGCGACGAAGCUGGCCAGAUUUCAUGCAGCUUCGUACUGUGCACUCCAGGACAUUGAGAGCAAAAGUUUCGGUGAUCUUUCCGCUGGACUGUUCCAGACCAAACCAAACAUUGGAACCAAGUUUAUGGAGGAGAACUUUGGCAUAUUUUCCGAGGAACUGGCCAAGUGGGGUGGCUUUGAAAAGUACGCCGAAAAGAUCAAAGGUGUGCUGCCAACCUUCUUGAGCCGCGGUGCUGCCAUCUACAAUCAACACAACAACAGCUUUGCCGUCAAGGUGCUGAAUCAUGGCGAUUUCCACUACAACAACAUGCUGGUUCGAUUCGACAGCGACAGGACGUCCGUUGCCGAUGUUCUGCUGAUCGACUACCAGCUCAGCUUCGUUGGUUCCCCCGCAAUCGACCUGUUCUAUCUGCUCUACCUGGUUUGUGAUCGUGAAACGCGCGAAAAGCACCGCCAGGAGUUGAUCUACCACUACCAUCGGCAGCUGGUGGAGACCCUGGCCAAAGUUGGCCACAUCGGCAAGGUUCCGACGCUGUUCGAGCUCAACGAGGACAUGCUCAAGUGUGGCUUCCUGGAGGUUGUGAUUGCGGUGUGCUUCAUUCCGUUCCUGUUUGCCGACUAUGCAACGGCGCUGAACGUGUUUGAUAACAGCCAGGAUGCGAAGCAGUACCGUAGGCAGCUGUACAAUGGGACCGAAUAUCGGAAGAUUAUUGAGCCGCUGUUGCUGAACUUUUUGCACAAGGGAUUCCUGGAUUGAUGGGGGUGGGUUUACAUGAGCAAUACUUCAUGACGAAGUAAAAUAUUUAAAUGUAUAAUAAAUUCAUAUAUUACACAGAA